AUGGAGGAAGACGACGAAGAUGCUCUGAUUCUCAAUGGAGGUGCAGGUAUUCCGAUAGGGCCCGAUGGCGAACUGCGCCCGCUCUUGCCACCGAUGGCGCCCCACCACGUGGGGCGCAAGUGUCUCGUGCUCGACUUGGACGAGACUCUUGUGCACAGCAGUUUCAAGUCCAUUCAACACGCGGAUUACGUUGUUCCAGUGGAAAUUGAGUACCAUUGGCACAAUGUAUACGUGAUCAAGCGCCCAGGGGUCGACAAUUUCCUGAAGAAGAUGGGCGAAAUUUACGAGGUGGUGGUCUUUACCGCUAGCUUAAGCAAGUAUGCAGACCCAGUUCUAGAUAAACUGGACAUUCAUCAAGUCGUGUCGCAUCGACUAUUCAGAGAGAGUUGUUAUAACCACAAGGGAAACUAUGUAAAGGAUCUCUCCCAAUUGGGUCGUCCUAUUGCAGAUACCAUCAUUCUGGAUAACUCUCCAGCAUCAUACAUCUUUCAUCCCAAUAAUGCGGUCCCUGUUUCAUCGUGGUUCAAUGACCCACAUGACACAGAGCUCACCGAUCUUUGUCCUUUCCUGGCGGACCUUGCUGAAGUGGGAGAUGUUCGGGGCGUCUUGGAUGGCGGUCUGUAG